GAAAAUUUAGUUUAUCAGUUAUCUUCAAUAGAAUAGAUAAUGGAAAACGUUCCUGAAAUAUUUUCUGUUUUUAAACAAAUUGUUGAGGAAGAAAUAAGUAACAAAAAUCACCUUUUAUUAUCACCCAGAAAUCGAUUCAGAACUAAAAUGUUACUUGAAAAUCUUGUCAGUAAUAUUUCAUCGAACUACAUUGAUGAGAAUGAAUUUAUUAAGUUGGUUGUGAAUAUGAAAUUGCCUAUGCCUUUAGAAAGUCUUUGGUAUUUGCAGGUGCACCAUCUAUUUUAUUUAGGCUCAUAUGUUUAUUUCCAUCCAGAUCAGGCUAAAAAACUGCCAGAACUUUUAGUGCAAUUAGCAUGUUUAACCAAUGACAAAAAUUUGGGAGUUCAGCGAGAGGAUUGUGCUCAUAUUAAACAAAUCUACACAGACUUUUUUAUAGAACUUUUAAUUUGCAUUAAAGGACCUCAAAUAGGAAAUAUAAGUCCAAGUUUCCAAACAGCAUGGUUAAAAACUAGUUCAAUAAUUUGGCAAUCAAUAAGGAGACGAUUUUUAUCUAUGUUACUGAAUCAAAUUGAGGAAUUUAAUAUAAAUUAUUUAAAGGAACUAAGGGAAAGAAAUGUUUUGACAGAUAGAGUAAUUCAGGAAGUGUAUAUGGAUCAUUUACAUACGAUAGUAAAACACAAACCAUAUGUGAAAGUUCAAAUGGCUAUACAACACCAGAGUUCAUGGAUAAAAGCAAAUCUUGACAAAAAUAUAUUGAACAUGUUUACAGAGAUUAUACAAUAUAUAUCCAGUCCUUUGGAUGAGUUAGUUAUUAUCAUGAAGGAAGAGGAAAUAUCUUGGAAGUGGUGUCUUAUAGCUGCAUCAAUAUGUUUAGAUAUAGACCCUAAUUCACAGAAAUUAAAAAUUAUAAUAGAUAAUCUUAUACAUAGAGCUUUUGAUAAAAGCGAUGCUGAUUACUUAUUGAUUUCAUUUUUACUAGUGAGGCAAGCCUCAUACGAAAAUCUAUGCGGAUUUGAUAGCUAUUCGACAUGGUUUUCAAUAAAGUUUGGAAUAGAUUCAAUUGGCCCACCAUCAAAAGAUCAUGCUUCAUUUAAAUUCCUUAUUGGUUUCUUGUCGAGCAUAAUACCUUACGAGAGUGAAGAGAUUUUAAAGAUGCAUUUGGAGAAAAGUUUUGCAGCACCUCCAGGAAGCAUGUCGUUAAUAAAAGAGUACAAGAGUUUAAUUCAAACAAGAUUAUCCGAUAUCAAUCAAGAAGCUUCACAACUUCAUUAAAUUAAAGCAAUUUCUGCAAAAUUAUGUUUAUGGAUAAUUUAAAAAAAAAGUUGAUAUACAAUAUCAUUAAUAGGUUUUAUAUUUUUACACUUUAAAAUAUUAUUAACAGCGUAUUACAUUCUUACAUUCAAAC